GGGCACUUCGUUGGCGACGGCUUCGCACUAAAAGAAGCAGAGAUGAGAACUUUCAAUGAUUAUAAAGACGAGUUGCUCCACACACUCAACGAGCUCAGAGAAAAUAACAUUCUUUGUGAUACGACCAUUCGAGCUCAAGGCCAGGAUUUUCCUGCCCAUAGAUGUGUUCUUUCAGCGGCAAGCUCUUACUUCCGGGCCAUGUUUAGCAGUCAUCUGAGAGAAAGGGAGAGCGGUCUUGUUGAGUUACAGGAGAUAAAAUCUGCCACAUUCGGCGAUGUUAUUUGGUUUAUUUACACUGGCGAGGUGAGCACUACUUUUGCUAGCGCUCAAGACUUAGUAAUGGCCGCCGACUAUUUGAUCAUGCCAAGUUUAAAAGAGAAAGCUGCUGUAUUCCUUAAGAGUAAAUUAGAUGCUUCCAAUUGCAUGGCGUUAGAAUCAUUUGCCUCUCGGUAUAACUGUGAAACGCUAAAGCAAGCGGCAGUUACCUACAAAGUUAAUAAUUUUGUAAGGGUGACGCGAUCGGAAGACUUUAGAAAGCUGGAUGUAAAUAAAGUUAAGGACCUGAUUUGUAUGGAUGAGAUAAACGUGGCUGAGGAAGAGGAAGUAUAUGAAGCAACGAUGGCCUGGGUAAAACAUGAUCUACCAUCUAGGGAAUGUUUACUCCCAGAACUGUUGGAAUGUGUAAGAUGGUUUUCAAUGUCCAAGUACAGUAUGCGAAAGAUUCUCCAUGAAGAGUUGAUUAGGAAGAACCUAACUUGUACUAGGUUAGUAGUGGAUGCAUUAGACCUUGUUGUAUUUCCAGCUUGCUCUCAAGAUUCUUCACAAAGGUCGCGCUUGUCUUUAGAUGGUUAUGAAAAUGUAGUGAUCCUCACUGGCACAGAAGUUGAUUUCCCAGAGGAAACUUCUGACUGCUUUGUGCCUGCUUCCAAUACCUGGGUGUCGUUACCCAACAUACCUAUACCACAUGUUCAUCAUGGUGCUGCAGUUUGUGGUGGCGUCUUAUACGUGAUGGGUGGGAGCGAAUCAGCCCCCAUCUGUUGCUUUAACCCUAAAAAGAAUGAGUGGAACACACUUGACCUGAUGUCGCGCCGAAAAGGCUGUACAGUCACAUCACUUAAUGAAGAGCUCUAUGUAAUUGGUGGAGAGUAUUCAUGGCGAGAUGUUCAAAUUUACAAUCCAGUUCUUAACAAGUGGAGACAAGGAGGUUCAAUGGAAACUUCUCGUGCUGAACACAGUGCAGUAGUACUGCAAGGACAUAUUUUUGUCUUUGCUGGUCACAAUGGUGUGGAUUGUUUAAACAGUGCAGAACGUUACAAUCCAUUAACUGACCAAUGGACUGAGAUUUCAAGUAUGUCCAAUGUCCGAAGGUCAGCUGCCGCAGUGGAAGUUGGCACAAAAGUUUUUGUGUUUGGAGGAUAUGCUGACAAUGUCUUGGGGGCUAUUGAACCCUCCUGUGAAAUAUUUGAUUCAAGCACAAAUCAAUGGAGCCUGGAACCUAGUCUUAGACUUCCUCGAGCAGGAAGUGGUAUUGUGAGUAUUGGAGACACUGUUUAUGUGUUUGGAGGAGAGGGUGUUGUUUAUGAUGAUGAAGAAGAAUACCUGAAGGAAGACCUGGGUGAUGUGCAGUGCUUUGACAUAGGUACAAAUAGAUGGCACAGGGUAUCGUUUAUACCAAGUGGGGAAUGCUCAUUUCUGCAAGCAUCAUUACUUAAGGUGCCAAAAAAGUUUAUCAAUGCCUUGUCAGUGGAAGGAUCUCAUGAUUAGUGGCUGAGGCAUUUGCUUAGAUUAUUAUCAAUAAUGGAAAAAAAUGAACUGUGAUCUUAAUACGAGUGAAAUGGUUUAUUCUGAGCAAUUUAAUGUGUGAGAAGCCUACAGACCUCAAACUUGAGGGCUUCUCAUUUUGAAUUAUUGAUUUUUUUGACUGCUUUUGUGCUUGAUCAUUCCUGAUCAUUUUCUUUUAAAUGUAAUUAUAUUUUAUAAUUAUUUGUAGUGCUAUACCAUGAGCUGUUGGUAUAGCUGUACCUAUAAAAUGUUUGCCAUGUUGCUGGGAGGUUGGAGAAGAAAUACAUCAAUUGAACUUUGACAUUCAGUUGAACUUGUCAGAUGCUUGCAAAAGUUGUUUAUCUUGAAUACAAACAAGAAAACUCUUAGUCAUGCAUGAGCAAUUUGUAAGCAAAAAAUUAAGUUUUGAGGUUUUAGAUCUAGGGUGUGUUUUCUUUCUGUACUGUAUGCAUACAAGAAUAUGGACAAGUUUAUGUCCAGUAUAGAUUAGCAUCAGUGCAAGCACAAAUGCUUAAAGCAGUGAGUAAGAUGUCUCCAUCUUGGUGAAACCAGAGAUGGGAUUACUUUUGUAAAAAAAGAUUGUACUUGUUCAUUGUGGUAAAGGACAGUGAUAAUAAAGUAUCAUCGUUUGUCUCA